CAUCUCUCCCUCUGGGAAAAUGUGUAUGUGUGUUUCUAAGAAAGAGAGAGGGGAAGAAAGGAUGGGAGUGUGUGCGAACAGUUAUUUAGUUUCUCCCCUAACGUCGCUCACCGCAUUCUUGUCUUGACUGGAGGCGAACGGAAAGCGAUUUACACACACAGAGAGAGAGAGAGGGGAAUCAGAGACAGAUUGGAGCUGAAACUUGGCUGCAGACGCUCCUUGUGCAGAUGCCGAAAGUUUUGGGUCGCCAUGGUGACGAAGUUAAUUAUGGCGACAACAGCAGUCGGGGAGGGAGACCUUGCUUGAAAAUGCAAAGGAUUUUCCAGCAGACACACGGACCCUCCAUGCCGGAGCCGGGAGAUGCUCCGCGGCGAAGCCCGCAGGGAGUCCCCUACACCGAGCUGCGACACAUCGUCAACGCCGACGGACUGCACCUGUUCUGCCGCUACUGGGAGCCCGCAAGUCCGCCAAGGGCUCUGGUGUUUAUUGCUCAUGGAGCGGGAGAGCACAGUGGGCCAUAUGAAGAAAUUGCACAGAGACUGAAAGAACGGUCCCUGCUGGUGUUUGCUCAUGACCACGUUGGCCAUGGUCAGAGUGAAGGAGAGAGGAUGAACAUCAGGGACUUUCAGAUUUACAUCAGGGAUUCCCUGCAGCACAUUGACCUCAUGAAGUCCCGGCAUCCGGAUCUUCCCGUCUUUAUUGUGGGCCACUCCAUGGGUGGUGCUAUCUCCAUCCUCACUGCCUGUGAAAGACCCAAUGAUUUCACUGGACUGGUCCUGAUAAGCCCGAUGGUCCAGAUGAACCCAGAGUCUGCGACGCCCUUUAAGGUUUUCGUGGCGAAGCUCCUGAACCACAUGCUGCCGAGCCUCUCUCUGGGAUCCAUCGAGUCCAAAUGGAUCUCACGGGACAAAACGCAGGUUGAGGCAUAUGACAAUGAUGAGCUGAACUACCAUGGCAGGUUACGGGUGUCGUUUGGCAUCCAGCUGAUGGCGGCGGCCGAGAGGAUCGAGAGGGCGAUCCCAUCCAUCAGCUGGCCCUUCCUGCUCCUCCACGGCGACGCUGACAAGCUCUGUGACAUCCGAGGCUCUAAGAUGAUGUAUGAGAAAGCUGCAAGUUCGGAUAAAAAACUAACGAUCUUUGAAGGAGGAUACCACGCUCUCCAUCAUGACCUCCCUGAAGUCGCCGAGACUGUGCUGAAGGACGUGACGAGCUGGAUCACAGACCGACUCCCUCCAGCAUCGACGCCACCGCAGCAAGGCUCAUAGAUCUCCAAUGUAAAAAAGAAAAAAAAAAGAACUCAGUCAGCGCUCCAAGGAGACUCCCAAACCUUAUCCCACGAGGCGUACAUCCUUUCCCGAAGCCAUGUGAGGCGCAACACUUCUUUCCUGUCCAAGGGAGGUGUUUGAGCUCACUGAUCUGACAUCGUGUUUUCUGUCUGAAGGGUUUACUAACAUCAUUUCCCAUCUUCUUUAAGAAGAUGAUGCCAUCACAAACUUUGAUCCUAGAAACUCAGCAAAAAUAAAAAAUUCUUAGCAGAAUCUACAAUCAGGGAUGUGCCUCAUGCGGUCCAGCCAGUGGGUGUGUUGGUUUUGUCAUCAUCUCCUGGUCUCCUGCGCUGCUCGAGUGAAGUUGAAAUCACAUUAAGCUAUGGUUCUAAGUGCAAUAAUGACAUUAUCCUGUAUUAGUUACUGAAUUGAUCUUUUAGAUACUAAUAUCAAAUGUAACACCUUGCGUGAUCCGAAGAAAUAGCACUUGCUUUUCCGUCCCUCAAUCUGCAAUACAUCAAAAGGUCAAGUUGCUGUCUGAUCUCUGCUAGGGGGGAUGGCUAAGGUCACCUCAAACUGUUAAUAACUGGUUUCUCCAAUAUUCCAAUAUAAACACCAUAAAUCUUUCUGAGUUCACUUUAUAUUCAUAAGAAAUCCUAUCUUUUCUUGACUUCUUUCAUAUGUUUCCUUUGGUCUGAAGAGAGAAGGUCUAAUAAACAGCUCAAAAUCAAUGCUUCUUCAAUAAAGAAGAUUCAGACAUGUUUUUUGUUUUUAGCUAAUAGAUUUGAAGACAUUUUAUAUAUGGCACUGUUUACCUUUUUUUAAAUAAAUGAGUGCUUUCAAUGACAGAGUCGCGAGCACAAUCGUUUCUAGGAGGCAAAUUAACCAGGUGAUGCUGUUGUGACUUUCUCUGCAGAUGGGGCCUCAUACUGAGAGGUCAAAGGUCAAAUGUUUUGACCCCUUUAAGGCCAUGGUUGACUUCACUGUUAGUGGUUCAUGUAGCAUCUGUUUGGUGAAUAGGGAAUACCUCACAGCUGUGAAAGGAAUUAACAUGGUUCUCUCGGGGGAAGCUCCACUGUCUCACAAAACAAAUCAUACCCUUGAAUUUAAGUCAGAUUUUGUCAAGCACAAACCGAAACGUAUUCUGUUGGAUUUCUGUGUGAUAGAGCAACACAAAGUAGCGGCUAAGUGGGAAGUUGAACAAAUCUGAACGGUCAAUACUCUGUUGAAGCAUCUUUUGUGUAAUUGCAGAGCAGAUCUUUUGAGGUCGCUGCCAGCUUUGCACAUGACAAUUUUUGCACAUUCUUGUAGGCAGUAUAGCUCAAGUUCAGUCAGAUGGUGGCCAUAAAUGAUCGUCAGUUCAAGUCUUCCCACAGAUAGAUUCUCAGUUGGAUUUAGGUCUCGACUUUGACUGGGCUAUUCUAACGCAUGAACAUACUUUGAUGUGAACCAUUACGCUGCAGCUCUGGCUCUAUAUGGUUAGUUGUUCUGUUGGAAGGUGAACCUCUGGCUCAGUCUCAGGUCUUUUAAUGUCUACAAAAGGUUUUAUUCCAGGUUGACCCUGUCUAUAGCUCCACACUCUUCCCAUCAACUUUGCCUAGUUUCUCUGUCACUGCUGGAAAUAUCAGCCCCGAAGCAUGAUGUUGCACCAUGUUUCCCUGUGAAUACGCAUUUUCUCAGUGAUGUGCAGUGCCUCCACAGGAGGCAUUUUCCAUGUCAAGCACAAAGUUCAAUGUUUGUCUAAUCUAACUUGGACUCCAUUUGUUACAUGUUUGUCCCCUAAAUACCAUCCAUCCAUCCAUUUUCUAACGCCCUUGUCCCUAGUGGGGUCGGGAGGUGCUGGUGCCUAUCUCCAGCUAACGUUCCGGGCGAGAGGCGGGGUCACCCUGGAGAGGUGACCCCGCCUCUCCAGGGUGGUAAACCUGAAAGUGUUGCCCAGUCUGUCGCAGGGCAACACAGAGACAGACCGGACAAACAACCAUGCACACACACCCCCUAAAUACCAUGUAAAAAAACCACUGCAUAUGGGACAUUUUUCCCCUUUUAAUAAUACUUUCUUCUUGCUACUUUAAAAAGAAUUCACUUUAAGUGUAUAAAUAUAGUUACAUAUCAGAAGUUAAUAUAAAACCUUGUUUUAAAGUAGAAAGCUUUGGAAUAGCUGUCUUAUUCUGAGUUUGAAUGCUAGAUAGAAAUAAUUACUACAAUUAUUCUAAAAUGGACUUCUUUAUAGAAAGCUACAGUUGAAGGAGUAGCAGAAGCAGCUGUCACCUCUUUCAUUCUGUUCCCCCCCCAAACAGCAGUAUAUCUCCCCUGAAGUCAACCUUGGCUUUAAACAUCUAAGCAAUCAUGUCACACCAGCUUUUAUUUUUGAUUAAAACAUUUUAACAUUGAUUUUUUUUAUUCUUUAAUUGUAAGCUAAGCAGGCACACACUGCGCCGUACCGUCCUGCGGACUGUAAUUAGCCGCUGUUGCUACCUGUUGCUUUGAAGCGUUCACAAUGAGAAAACAUUUUAGAAGUCAGGGCCCCAACAUCAGGAUCACAGUUAGCUCAUUGUUGGUAUUCACAACCAACUUGUUAUAUAUGCCUUUUUAGAAGAAUUGUAAUUAUUAGUGUUGGGUGAGUUUAAAUGAAUCACGCAGAGUUCACAGACACUCGUGCAGGAGGUGUGGGGAACAUGGUGAUGACCUGCUGUCAUGUUUAUCUGCAGCAGCAGUUCUUUUGUUUCAAAUGCGCUUCACAUGUGCCAUCACCAGGGGGAUCCCAGCUGAAGUGAUACAAUGUAGAGGAAUCUCUGGGUUCUAUACGUCUUUCCAACUUUCCGUCUCCUCCGGUCGCACCGCGUUUCACUGUGCGCUGGUUCUGGCGUUUUUGUUUCAUCUUUCAUCUUUCCUCUCCUUUUUUUUUUUUUUUCUUUGGCUACGAAUGCUAACGAUUGCUCUUUGUUCUGUCCAUCACGUACGCCUUUGCUCUGUCACAGAUUCAGACAUGUUGUCCACGGACACCCACACCGUCACAUGCAGGGAACUAUCUCGGCAGCAACAGGCUGCGAGGAUGCAUCGUGGAGAUUUUGUUUUUGCCUUAGAGCGCUCUUUUUGUCCUGUAAAAUGUACAACUCUGGUAAACCUGAAAGGUUUAGCUCAGCUUAGUGCCGGAUCAUACCACACAGUGUCCAAGUGAGCAUCCUAAAAUUUCUCCUUCCACAGAUGAUUGUCUGUUUUGUGUGUGAUCGACAGCUCAGGAAAAAAAAAUGUCAAAUUUGAAGUAAUAGCAUUUAUUAUCACAUCACACAGAAGAUUUACCCUCAACCUGCAUCACCCUCUGUGCAGAUAUAGACAGAAACGUAAUGUAUUCCUGAUUCUCAGGGGAAGUCAGCCCUUUUAACCCCCAACCAGAACCGUUCACACUUCAAACACAAUCUCCUCCUGAUUAGGUUGCAGCAGACCCAGCAGCACACAAAGGCUGCCCAGUUCCCAGUUGUAUUCAAACUCCUAAUGGCUCCCCUGCUGCACAGCAUCAGCACAAUGACCUCAGUUCGCAGCGUAAUUUAGAAUAAAAAAGGAGAAGCUCUACCUGUCAGACUAGGUGAGUGGAUAUUACUGCCUGUUGUUUGCUUUGAUAGUAGAGAGAGAAACCGGGAUGCAGGGAGAGGAAAAAGCGAGGAAAGAAGCCAACCGUAACCAUGGCAGCGCUUUCUGAUUCUUAUUUUUUUUCCCCCUCUCUCUCUCUCUCCUGCGAAAUCACUCAGUAAAAAUAAAUAUCCUCAUUAAUUUUGUGGCAGACUAGAGGGUCUCGAGGCUUGUUGUCCAUUUGCUGCUCUGAGGAUUCCCUUUUUGUGUGAGUGUUGAGAUAAGAGACUAAAGCAUCAUCAGCUCGCAGUGAAUAAUAAGAGCAGCAUGCGCUGAAUCCUAAACAGCACGGAUUAUACACCAUUUGUGUCAAAUGAGGAGCUUUCCUUGGACAUUGUGUGGUUGGAAUUUCCCUUUUUUUUUCUUCAUACAUUUGUCUAAUUUUUUUUACACAUACAUUCCAUGUCUCUAUUAAAUAGUGAUAAAACACAGUCCAGCACUUUCCCAAUAGAUUACAUUCCUGUUCAUCCCAACAAGUCAACAAUCUCUGGCUUCACUUAUUUUAAAGACAACGCAUGUCCACUGACAUGCUGUUGUGGUCAAAUUGCUCACGCUGAGACAGCCAUGUGAAAAUGUUCAGUUCAGAUCCCGACUUCGGACAGGCGCUCUAUAUUAAGUAACUGGGGAGGGGAAAAAAGGGGGCAGAACAGAGCUGAAUCCCAAUUGGGCUGUGGCUUUUUAUAACAAAGCCAGAUUCAUCCUGCCUGCUGGUUUGUCAAUAGGGACACUGUUUCUGUUUGAGUUUUUUUUUUUUUUUUUCUUUUACGACUUUAGGACUGUUUCUAUGAAAAGAGCUGUUAUUUAUGACAGGAGUGAAGGGGCAGAGGCCAGUCUUUCUACAGUUUAAUGAGAUUAAUCUGUUCUGAGGAGACUCUAUGAAGUGUUCCAUUAACGGGAUAGUUUGUACCUUUUUUUUUGGAGUGAGGUUCUAUUCAAAGGUUAUAAGCUGCUGAUAUCUUAUAAAACCUUCUUGGGAUUUAUAAAGUGUAACAUAGUAUGUGAUAUAGGCUAAGUCUAACAGUUUCUCUGAGAGGGAACAAGACCAAAGCAGAUUUCUGCCAUCUUAGGAGCAUCUCAAAAAUGCCAUAGAAGUUCAUUCAAUUGCUGUCUUUAUGAGUCUUUAAACCAGUGGUGUCCAAAGGGUGGCCUGCGGGCUCUUUGUAGCCCUCAGAAUGAUAUAAUAUGACCACAGUUCAAGAAUGGCUUGAAAUUUGACUCACAAGCACAAUCAGUUCACGAAAACAGGACACAUUUAAAUUUAAAAUGUAAACUAUUGGAUAGAUUCAUCUUAGACUUUUCUUUUGUUUUUUGCUUUUACUCUAAUUCACAGUAAAUAGGAUCACAAACAUGCAUCUUUUUCCACUGAUAAAAUAUCUGAUUAUGAUAAUAAUCAUACAGUUUUCAAAGAAAGUAGGGCUUAUAUACCUUUCUUAUUGUCGAGAUCACAACUUUUCCAGACUAAAACAAAAAUAAUAAUUGACCAUUAUUUGUAAAAAAAAAAACAAAAAAAAAAACUUUUAAUAGCAAACAUUUGAGAAACUCUUUCAGCUUCAGAUCAACAAUGAUUUUCAAACAUGUGAGUACCCAGUAGUUUCAUUAAAAUAUUGGAAAUUUUGUUACUUACCAUGGGUCUACGGGUGAUGGAGGUUGGGGGGGGAGUGUGCCACUAAUUAUCUUCCAGGUGUGAAGCACAUUUAGAGAACACGUGAAGCAUUUCUGGUCAAAUGACUGAAAGAAAUGUAAAGUAGCAUAAUGGUUAAUUAUAGUAAUCAGUCAGGUCCUAUAAUGUCCAUAAUGUGGACACAUCAAGCAGAAAUGCUGGAAUGGACAAAUGCAGAAGGAACCUUUGCACUCGCUCUCAGCAAAGGUUUGACAAUACUGGCCACUGCUUUUCCCUUAUCUGUUUUACGUCACAUUAAAAUAAAAUAGAUCUUAAUGUUUUGUUUUUCUUUUGGCCUGUUCAAAUGAAAGACACCUACAAGUAGCUGUUAAGUUUUAUUCUGAAAAAUAAAAGUAGAAAAAGUGGAACAGAAGUCUUUCUUCUUCUAUUCAGUAUCUAUUGUGACAUUGGGGGCACACCACCACACACCUCCAUUUCCUGUGUAAACAUUCUUCAGCUUUUUAUAUAGAUGAAACACCCUGGUAACAUGUCAAUGGUCUAAAGGUUUUUAAAAUAACCAUAGCAUGUGAUGUAUUUGAUAGUUGUUUUAAAAGGAAGACAUUUUGUUUAGUCAUGGAUCCCUCCGGUUUUUGUUUUUUUUUGUUUUGUUUUUUGGGAGGGGGGGUUUCAACAGAACCUCAUCUCAAAAAUUCUGAACUAUCCCUUUAUGGUGAUCAUGUUGCUGUGCUUAAGCUGUCAGCAAGAUUUGAACAGGUCUUCUCCAAUUUGCUGCUGAAUGCUAAAAAUAAGUAAAUAAAAGUAAUUAGUUUCAGUUUAGGUUAGUGUCUUGAAAGAGGUAAUGGGCGCAUAACAACAAAUUUUAGAACUCCUGUUCAAAUCUUACUGUUGUUAAGAAACCUUGUACAAUUAUUGUACAAUAGCUUUGUAUUUAUAACACACAAAAAUGACAAUUGUAUUGUAUUUUAGCUAUUUUUUAUUUGUCUCGUGUAGAGUACUAUUAACAAACAACUUCUUGUAUUGGCAUGUAUGUACUAGUUACACAAUGUCAAUGCACGUUUUAUACCAGAACCUAUUCAGACAUCCUGAUGUUCACCUAUUCCACUUAUAGAGCUGUUGUAUAUGUAGUCAGCAAUCAAACAAUGCUUUUGUAAGGAGAUUUAUACGGUAAGGAAUUUACUCCAGUAUGUUUUAGAUGAUGCUGGAUGCGAAAUGAAACUACUGCCAAAUAAUUUUACAGAGUUUUGGAUUUAUUUUCAUGUUCUAAACAUCUAAAGGUGAUCUUACUCCUUCAAAAUAGAAAAUGUGGCUACGAAGGUGUCAUGUUUAACAAAUAUUAAAUGCAAUUCAGCAGUUUUGAGAGUGAAAGGAACUCAUCCAAAAUCUUAAGCAUUAAUCAGAAACAAAGAAAACCUUUGAUUACAUUUCUUAAAACACAAUUUACGAGUUAUUCCGUGACAAUACAUGCAUUGUAAAACUUUGUUUUAUCUAUGUUGUUUAUGCUUAUUGCUGAUGAAUGUGCACAUUAUAAAUCUUUGCCUGCAUUGAACCAUAAGCUAAUUAGAAAUGCCCCAUUUGAUCUGCUAGACACUGUAAUCAGACUGGUUUGUCCUGAUUGGCUCAUUGAUAAUGGGGGACUGGCUAGCUCACAAAUGAUUGGUGCAUGUCCAAUAAGGAUCUUUUAAUAUACAUGAAGGUUAACAUUCAUGUUGCUCCUGACUUUCUGACAUCUACCGUCGUGUUCACCUGCUUGUGUACCUCUUAUCAGUCUCAUUAAAUUUAUGUCUAUUAGUCCUUAUUAAUGUGCAAACAAGGAAGCAGACAUACAUUAAAAACUGCUUCUGCUCCUUUUGAUACAAGAUGAACUUCGCUACUUAAAUACCUCCCAGCUUUGUUACACACCUGUUCAAAUCCAUUUUAUGAUUAAUACCAAAAAAAAAACUUUAGAUGAAAACUGUUAGAGUUUACCAAGGCUUAUAGUAGCUAAAUUACUGAGUUGAUGCAUAAGCAUUGAUCAAAAUUGUAUAAAAUAGAUAAAUCAGGGGUUUUAUGUUGUUGUUUUUUGUGGGAGCUUAAAAUAACAUUUUUAAAUAUAGUUUUCCAUCAGUGUGACUAUUUUGAAUGAUUGGUUAAUUUGCACUGUGUAUCUGGAGCAACUCUCUCCAUGAAUCAUUCUGGCUCCUCUUAAGGGAUUUUAAAUGUCUAUGAAGGGAAAGUCCCCAACGUAAUACAAAGCCUGGAGAGAUUAGAUUGUAUUUGUAGGGAAAUAAAACACAGAGGAUUGGAUAGUUAAGUCUUCCUUGUAUAUUUUCUGUGUUGAUUUGUCUUAACAUGUUGUAAUGUUACUGAAGGACGGUUUCAAUAUUCCUGCGCUGGUGUUCUUCUAUGUCCUCCAAGCUGUAAUCCAACUUAAAUUCAGGUAUUAAAUCUGCUUUUGACGGAGAUAAUGAAAUCACUUCAUUGGUCGGGUGUUAGCAUUUGAAAGUUUGUAACUGUAAAUAAGAUGGGUUUAAAAAAAAUAACACUGAAAAUUCUUCUGAAUGUCAAUCUACUUAUUGCUAGAUUGUUCACGACGUCCACAUUGUCUUUUAAAAUAAACAACAUGACUGUUUAA